CGCGAGGGGGGAAAAGGCCCUUGGCGGCCUUCCUCGGACUGUCGGGCCCGUGUUUCGAGUUUGGGGUUCAGAGUGGGGAAAACCGGGCUAGAAGGCGAGAAAAAGGGCGGCGGCGGCGCUGAGCCGGGCGGCGAUAGGACCCUGGAUGCGUUUGUCGGUGUCGCUGAGGGCGGUAUCGAGGCGGAGGAGAAGGAAGCCAGCGUUACUGCGGCGGCGGGGGUCAGGACGGGCAGCGGCCCGGUGGAGGAGAGCCGAGCGGAGGGCGGCGAGGGAGAGCAUGGAUUGAUUGGUAAAGAUGGAGAGAGGCAGAGGAGGAGGAGGAGGAAGGAAUGUGGGGGGCUCUGGCCUACACAGGAGCAUUUACUCCCAGUCCCAGCAGCAGUAUCAUUAUCCUGCCUCCUCUUCUCAGGCGGGCUGCAUGGAAAUCCAGGAGCUGGCCUCCAAAAGAGUGGACAUCCAAAAAAAGAGGUUUUAUCUGGAUGUGAAGCAGAGUUCCCGAGGCCGUUUCCUGAAGAUAGCAGAGGUCUGGAUAGGAAGAGGCAGACAGGACAAUAUCAGGAAAAGCAAACUGACUCUGUCCUUGUCAGUAGCUUCUGAGCUGAAGGAUUGCCUGGGAGAUUUCAUAGAACACUAUGCCCAUUUGGGCCUGAAAGGCAGCCAGAGUCAUCGGAAUGAUCAUGCUAAUGGCAAAGAGCAAGAUUCAAGAAGGCGACAACACCAUCACCCACCAUCACCUCCAGCAUCUGUUGGGUCAGAAGAGCAUCUCCACAGUGUUUUAAAAACGGAGUAUAUUGAAAGAGACAAUAGGAAGUAUUACCUGGAUCUGAAGGAGAACCAACGUGGACGUUUCCUAAGGAUAAGGCAGACCUUGAUUAGAGGACCCGGAAUGAUAGGAUAUUUUGGUCACAGUUUAGGACAAGAACAAACUAUUGUCCUUCCAGCACAGGGGAUGAUUGAGUUCAGGGAUGCUUUGGUCCAGCUCAUUGAAGAGUAUGGUGAAGGAGACAUAGAAGAAAGGAGGAGUGGGGGCGAUGAACCCCCUGAACUCCCAGAGGGGACUUCCUUUAGGGUGGACAACAAGAGGUUCUAUUUUGAUGUGGGGUCCAACAGGUAUGGUAUUUUUUUGAAGGUAAGUGAGGUGAGACCUCCAUACCGUAACACCAUCACUGUCCCAUACAAAGCAUGGACAAGAUUUGGGGAAAACUUUAUCAAGUAUGAAGAAGAGAUGAGGAGAAUUUACAACGGCCAUAAAGAGAAAAGAAUGGAUACCAGAGGGGACAGUGGUGAAGAACAAGAGGGUCUUGAUUAGGAUGUGUUUCAACAGGCCAAGAAGCAAAACAGAGAUUUGGCCGGUGGUAUUGAUGUGUAGUAGUCGGAGGAAGUUGCCUUUGAUUUUGUAAGUUCUUCCCUGUUGUUGCAUAAUUCCAAUCUGUAUAAUAUUACAAGGGUCUGUUUUUCAUCUUAAAUUAUAUCCAGCAACAUAUCUGUGAUUUCUUGAAGGAAUAAUUAACUGGCCAGUGGCUCUGAUAAAAGUAUGUAUAGUAGCACUAAAUUUAUUGUGCCCUCUUAAAUAUUAUGUAUAAGGUUUGUGUUGCAGUGUAACAUGGUAGAAGUGAGCCAGAUGGAAUUAAUAUCGUUUGAUAUUAACCACAGAGCAUUUAUGACCAAAACUGAUCUUUACAUUUUAAGUGUGUUUAUUGGGAAGGUAUCUUCUGCUUACUUUACAGGAAAAACAAUUUGAAGGGGGUGGGAUCACACCUUUAUAUUAUGAUGGCCAGUAGUUAAUUAAAUGGUUGCCCAAUGUUAUGAUAGCUCAGUAAUUUAAGUGUCCCAACAAUAUAAACCCAUGUUUAAUAGACUAGUUCCGAAUAAUGUUGAUCUUGAAUCAUCCAUUCUUUAUGGAUUGCUUACACCAUGUGGGGAGAGUUUAUUUAAAUAGUGUAACAGAAUUUCAAAAGCUAUUUUUGUAUUUGUGGGGUUAAGGGGUUGCUUUGAUGAGGGAAUUUGGUAAUCGAUUGAUGGUUGGGAUUGAAAUUAUAAAUUGAGUGAUUAAGUGUGUGUGUGAUGUGAGAAAGUAUUAGAAUAACUUUUUUUAUCUUUAUACUUUGAAAAAAUGCUUUGAGAGAUUUUGGUGCAGCACUUAAUUGGUAUCAAGCAGAUCUCUGGUUUUACAUUGUUUUAGCUGAAGCAUUCACUACAUUCCUUUAUAAAGGAAAAUUAUUUCCUAUAUAAGUGUUGUCUCUUAACACAAUAUUGUAAACCACAGUCUAUACAUUUUUUGUUUUGUUUUGUUAAAACAGAAACCUAUUGUUGGGGGCAAAUUAGCUUACAGUUGUAAACCGCUUAGACACUGCUUAGGCAGUAUGAAGCGGUAUAUAAAUGAAGCUUGUUUGUUUUGUUUAUGUGUAAAGAUGCAUGUAGAGACAAUACCAACCAAAAUAAUCAAGAAAAUGGCUGGAAGGGUCUAUGUGGAUUAUGGGGGGGCAGGAUACUUGUUACAAACUUUUUUUAUGGGAAAAGCUUCUAACAGGGCUGCAAUCCUACGUACAUUAACCUGGGAAUGAGGCCUAGUAGAUACACUGAAACUGAUUUCCAAGUAGACAUGCCUAGGAUUGCACUUUAAAUCAGAUUUUAAAUUGGAUCUAGAAUGUUCUGUUUUCAAACAAUUGCUUUAGACCUUGAUACUGUGUAAUUAUUUCUGUCUAUGAACAAGCUAUUUUACAUGUACAGAAGCAUAACCUCAUAGUCCUUUUCCAACUAUUCACAUUUGGCCAUUUAAAGUCCAAAAGAAAAUUAUUUUCCAUAACCCAAGCAAUGGUAGCUUUACUUUUUUCUCUACUUGCUAUUUCCAUUACAACGUUGCAUUAAACAUGCUCUGUGUCUCCUUUUUUCAGGUUUAUUUGUGAAGGUGGAAAAUAUAGCCCAACAUUUAUCUUGGUGCCACAGUAUUUUUUUUCAAACAUAAGGAAAAGAGUUUGCACCAAAAUCAUCAAAUGAACUUUAGAAAUGUGUGUUACAGUUGUGACAGAGAAAAAGAGAAGUAUGGACUUUAAUUUCACUGUUUUAGGUGAUUUGCCCAGUACUGUAUAUGGUAAUUGGACCUAUUGAACAUUUAGUCUAGUUUCAGAAAUAACAAAUGCCAUCCAACCUAAAACUAAGAUUUCUAAUUUGGUUAUUUUAAGUAUGAGAGGCACACUGGGCCAUAAGAGAUUCUUGGAAGCUAUACAUUAAUCUUGUAUGAAAGUUGGGGGUGGGGGAAACCUUUGGAUUUAUGGAUGGAUGGAUGGAAGUAUUCUGUAUAUGUUGUUGAACUGAUAGUUGUAGUUAAUUGACUGAACCUAAAUUACGACACUGUUGAUUUUUUGCUGCACAUCCCAAUGCCUGUAUAAUGGCAAUGGUGUCAGAUUCCAAAACAGGGGAUAUGUGAAUGUAGGAACUCCUGAUGCUCACAUUUUCCUAGUUUAUGUCUUGCUAAGUGCAUUUUCUAACCCAUCCUGUUUAAAAUGGAUACUUUGAUCAGUCAAUUUGGGGGUUAGGGAGGCAGUUAUUGCAAGGACUGUAGUCAUGUGGCCCUCCAGAUGUUUUUGGACUGUAACUUCCAAAAUGCCUCAUUAUCAGCUGUGGUGUCUAAGGAACCCAGGACUUGCAGUCAAACAAUAUCUGGAGAGCCACACCAUUAUCAUCCUCACUUUUACUAGAACUUUAUCUUACCUUGAUAAAAACAUUUCACAGAAAUAGUUUGUAUUAUUUCUAUGAAUUUUGAUUGGUAAAAGUAUAUUAAUUGGGGGGUUAAUCAGUGUUUAAGAAAAUGCAUUUCCUCCACAAUUUUUAAAGAAAAGUCAAUAACUGUGAAAUGUUACCUACUCCAUUCAGAAAGCAUAUUAGUUAAUACACUGGCAUGUGCAAACUUGCACUACUGUUAUCUAUCUCUUGCUUUCUGAACUGAGCCAGGUACUACGUAGACCUGUUGCAUAGUGCCCUCUUUCACCCAACUCAGAUUUCUGUAUCCUUGCGCUCUUAAACAGGGCUCAAUUGUUCUCUGUAUACAGGCACAGGGUGCCAUGUUCUUCAAAUCAGUGACUACAAAUUAAUACAGAUGUGAGCAUCUGAGACUUACUACAUAUGAGCCUUAAAAGUUGCCACCUGCUCUAUAUAGUGACAUGCUGGUUUUAAUUUAUCCAUUGGAAGUGACUAGUUUUGUUCUUGUCUUCAAAUCCAAGGUUUAUAUAGUCAGAUUUACACUGGUAAGAGCUUAAAUGGUAAUUUGGGAAAGAGUUUCUCUUUAAACCUGGCAGCACAUCUACACCUUUGGAGAGUGGCAAUAACACGUUGAGUAUUUGUUUGCAGAAGGGCCUGUUAUAAUGUAAAGAAAUAUUAUUUGCACCCCCCAAAAUGCCAUGUCCCUUAAACUUGAGAAAAACACAAGCUUAUUUGCACUAAAAAGCGUGGCCAAAAACAAUUCUAGGAGGGCAGGGUGAAAAAAUCAGUUUGUACCUCUUAAAUUAUUUGUUCUCAUGAGAGAAUUUUACAUUAAAGCCCUGACCUCUCUUUUAAAACUUUAUGGUCCAGACAGAAAGUCUGUCACUUUUGUGAUUUCAUAAUAAUGCACUUUAUAUUUUAUAAAUAAUAGAAGCACAUUUCUGCUACUGGUUUGGUACAGUGUGUUUCAAUAUAACUUAUACUCUUAAUCAGUAUAACAAUGGCCUUCUGCAUGCAUGUCUGUGAGUGAUCUAUUGGAAGGAUUAGAUCAAAUUGUAUUGACAUGAUGGAGAAGAAUAGGCACAAACUAAAAUUAAUUUCAAAAUGUCAAAGGCCUAUAAUUUCAGAAAUGUUGAGUCCAAACCAAUUGGCUCAAGAUGUCAACAUUUCUGAAAGUCAAAUACUUCAGCCGGUUUUCAGAUAUCUUAUUCCUGCAACUGAUACAGCUGUGGGUUUAAAUAACUGUAGUUUUGCAGUGUUGUCACAUAAUCCUUCUCCUGAAAAGUAUUGUAGGGGAUCAAAUUUUGUGUGGCUUACACAGGUAGGCCAUUUGUGCUGACUAUAUCUCAUAAUACUUUGCUUUUUUGCUACAGUAGAAAGUAGAAAGGUGUUAUUAUGAUCAAAUAUUGAUAGAAAAGAGUUCUAUAGUGCAGUUUAAAAUGAGAAUAAAUACCUUGUAUAAUGCAUCACACCAAUUCUGUAAAACCAAGAAGCUUUGGAUGAAAAAUCUGCAGAAAACCCUUUUUGUUCCUGUGCUCAAAAAGUAGGAAGCAAAUAUGUCUAAUUUAUCUAUGAUAAAUAAAAGAUCUAUGAUCUUUUCUUUUCCAUGUGUUAGUAAGCAAAUACAAAUGUCUACUAACCUAACCUUUUAUAUUUUAAUUCUUUCAGGGCCAAGCAGGGAAACUAUUCUCUGAAUAGUUUCACUUUAAUGGCAGUUAAAAAUAAAUGUCAGUGAAUUUUUCAUGACCUCUUUCUGUUUAGCUAGAUUUGCAACUACAGGUAAUAUAUAUCAUUGGACCAUAAUGUAACACUAAUGUAUUAUGUCCGUAUGCUAUAAGAAACAUACCCUUCCUGUAUAAAGACAAUUAAAUGGCAGCAAAUUAUACUGUAUGUUCAGCCAGUCAACUACAUGUUCUUCCAUGUAUCUUUCAUUAAAGUGGAUAAAGCUGGGUCAGAUAACUGCAGGCAGACUGCUGGCCCUAACACCUGAUCCACCUUCCUCUAGAUGUCUGCCCAAAAAGGGAAAUGUAAUUUAUGCUCACAUUGCUAAGGGAAAAAUAAUUUAUAUUCAAAUUGUAUACAGAUAUGGCUAAUAGUUGCUUUCCUCAACCAUUAUUAGUAUUUGCUGUCUCCUUCCCCUUUAGACAGCCUAUUUUUCCACUUAGUUAUAGACCAGAGCAGUGAGGAAUGGUUUCAGUUUAAGAAGGAAAGAAUCGUGUGAAACAGUCCUAAGAAAUGUAGUUGAUCAGAGGAUGCAAAUGUCUGCAGUGACUGUAUCAAUAGUGUUUUCAUAUUAGUGCAAGUUCUCCAUCUAUAGCUGAAUCAGUUUAAAAAUCUAAGAAUCAACUUUGAUUAAUGAGAGAUAUCAGUCAAAUGUUUAGUUCACUAAGCAAUGUUAAGAUAUUUAAUCUAAAUCUACAGUGAUAGAUAUUCUGGUUUUUCAAAAUAAUUUAAAUAUAUAUAAUACUGGAUUUUUUUACAGGACAUAGAAAAGCAGGCCUCUCAGUCGAGCUGAAAACAGGGGAAAGCAUGAAAAAAUUAAACUUUUUACAAUAUGAAAUAAGGAUUGAAAAGUGCAGUAUGAAUAUAUAACACUGGAUACCAUAAAUUUUCAUGUAAUGGUUGAAUCUUAAAUUUCAACACUUGUAAGAAACAAACCUAACCUUCAAAAUAGGCUCAGAUUAAAAUGGGCCUUUGCAUAAAUUAGUCAAACACUUGGAAUGGCGAUUGGGCUUCGAUAACAUACGCUUGUUAGUGAAAUUGUCUGGAUUAUUUUAUUUUGUUCACUGAAAAGGUUUAAAAAAUCUAAAGGGAAGAAAACCAGCGUGAUUCAGGGGACUGAUGAUCAUUUACUGAUAAUUCUGUUAAUUGCAACUGUAGCAGUUUGUGCCAUG